UUAUGUUUCAGCACCACCACCAUCUCUCAAUCCAAUUGCACCAAGUGCACCCAAUAAUAUGGUCAAUCUGUUUGAUGGUGCUUCAGACGUACCAGUACAACCUGCUCCAGGUCUGACCACUGAUCUAUUACCUUCUUUCAAUCACCAGGCACCGCCACCACCACAAGGUUAGUUAUAUUUUAGUCAGUUGGGGAGAAUGGGUGGGUAGGUAUGGGGUCAGCAUUAUUGCCACUAACAACUAUUUUUCUAUGUGGGUAAUAUUUGGGUCAUUCUAAAAUGAAAUGAAAUGUAAUUUAUUGUAAAAAGCCUGCAAGCAAAGAAGAUUAGCAUUUAACACACACCCUAACCCAAUACCUUUAUUUUUAAUCUUUUUUUUUCAAUGGUUCGUUGACUGGCCGUUAUUGCGAGAUCUUACACAUGAUUUAUUUGCAUUCGUUCAAUAUAGGCAUUCCAUCUGUAACAGCGUACAAUAAAAAUGGAGUAAAAAUCGACUUCAACUUUCAAAAAGUGGAUAACAAUCCGGCAAAUAUUUUAGAUAUUGCAUUAAUUGUUUCAAACGCGUUGGCCGUUCCAGUAACUGACUUUGUUUUUCAAGCUGCAGUACCCAAGGUAGGGCAUAUUGAUAUCUUGGGACGAAUUCCUGGAAAUAUGUUUUGGAUUAUACUCUUACCUCGUUUGCAUGUAAGAAGAGUGCUUCCAGUUUGACUCUACCAAACAUUGCAUGUGCAAUGAGGGAUUUCUCUUGCUGGACCUCUAGGGAGAACAAAUUUGAGAACUGAUAGUGCAUUAGAGCUAUUCAUGAUAAACAAAAUCGUUUAUGUUUCCUCCUGCAAUAAACGAUGGGCUUUCCUGGACCUCUAGGGGAACAGUUUAGAACAGAUAAAGUUUUAUAGUAUAAUGAAGAUAAGGUUUUAUAAUUUACAGAACUGUUAAAAAUGCCUUUAUAACGUUUUUUAGACGUUGCAGCUUCAACUACAAAGUCCCUCUGGUAAUAUAAUCCCUCCCAAUAAUUCUGGCCAAAUUACACAACUUGUCAAGGUCGCUAACCCACAAAAGGUAAAGUUUUGUUUGUUUCUUUCCGCAGGACUGUAGAAAUAGAGCACGGCAUUAUGUCUAUCUAUCCACUAAUCCUUAUUUUUCACCAUUUUAAGGCACCUUUACUAAUGAGAAAACUGGGCACGAGGUUGUGUCUGUCUAUUUACUAAUCUCUAUUUUUUCUUCUUCAUUUUAAGGCGCCUUUACGAAUGAGAAUUAAAGUGAAUUACGUAGUGAAUGGUUCACCAGUAUCCGACCAGGCCGAGAUCAACGACUUUCCACAAUUGUGAUGCAUACAAAGCCUGGUGGGGUCUCAUAAUGUACUCUGAUCUACCAUAUAGCAAUGGCACUUGAUUCUCCAUCAGAUAUUCCAUCAGAUCAGAGCUCAAUUGUCAUAUAAAUAACAAUGAAAUGUUUAAACAAUGGACGAUUUAUGUGCAGGGGCGUACAUACUAUUACGUAUCAAAUAACUUUUUACUCACUUUUCAUAGAUAUAUUGGUAUUGUACCAAAAUCGUAAUUCCGGUCAAACGAGGAUGAGAGUUCAUAAGAAUUGCAACUUUUGGUUUCGUGUGGCACCUGUGUUAAGAAAAUUGUCAUGCAAAAUCUCAUUCUUGUUUGACCUAGUUCUGUUCAAAGUCUGUUUGAAACUAUCGAAGGUUCUUUGAUGAAAAUAUGCUUCGAUAAAAGUAUUUGCAAUGAAAGGUAAACCUCUUUUAAAAAUUAUUUUCCUUGAAGGUUCGGUAACACAACUGAUCACAAAAACUUCUUAGUGCGAACAAGCGUCUAUGCUUUGAUUAGUAUUUGCAUGAAAGAGGUAUACACUUCAUACAUACACUGUGAUCAAACUGUACUCUGUUUAAAGAUAUCUUAUCGCGAAAGCUUCCCGAAUAGAGCGUUUGCACAUGACGUCACAGCCUCCUUAUUGGUGUUCCAAUUCAAAAGAAUUUUAAUUAGAUUCUUUUGUCUGGAACACCAACAUGGCCGCCAUGGCUUUUGUUGAGUUGGUCCCUGGGAAAUGAGUGCAAACGCUCUAUAUACAUGGAUUUCGCUAAGCACCAUCGUGCAGUUAUCAGAGUGAGAAAAUUAUGUUCAUUCUUUUUACUAUAUGCAGUAGUCUUGUAUUUGAUGGCAAAUCUAAUAGAAUAGAUGAUUCCCCAGCUAUAGACUAAAUUUUGAUCUCAAGAAGAACAAAAUCCAUCACCACAGCUAGAAAGAGCAUGUUAAAAUUAGUAAAAUUGCAAAGUUUGGCCGCGAAAUGUUGCAAAAUGAGGAAAAUAUAGCCCUGCGAAAUUUGCAAAUUUUGUAUUAAUUUGUAUUACGCGCGAGAAAAUUCACCGCUUUUGCGCCGAAAGUGGUGCAUUUUCCCGUGCGUAAUUUGCCUACAUCAAAAUUUAGUCUAGCUGGAAUUGCCUAUUUCUCAUUCUGAUAACUAGUAAAAACACAAAACCACAUCUACUUCAAUGUGGGUAUCCUUAAAUGAGCACUAUUUUCCUGAGCAAAAGAUUAUGGGUUGGACCAUAGUAUGCAUGUCCCUGCUAUUGUACGUUGAUUUUGUAAGAAAUAGCCGCGCGCAAGACAGACUUAAUAUUCUGUUCUUUAGUACACAGUAGAUAGCUGGUCAUAAAGAUGAAAUCGAUUUGAAUUUGUUCUAACAAAGUUCAUCCAAACUU